AGGAGGCGUUGCCCUAAUCGAAACGGGGCGCGGCGCCCCCCACCGCGCGCGCGCCCGCCGCCCCGCAGGGUGACCCCGCGCGGCCAGCCGCCGGCUGAGCCCGCAACGAUGGAGUGUCAUUGAUCUCUCGAUCUUGCCUCUUUCAUCUUGCCUUGCUUUCAUCCGUUGCUCUUGUUCUCGCCAGUCGCGUCAAGAACGAUGGACUCGGGGGGCCGCCCGAAAGCGUGGCGGCCCGACCUCUUGCGCCAGGCCGAAAUCGACUCCUACGGUCCCACCAAGGCCAGGCGCCUCGCCCGCCGACGCCGCCGCGACGCCACUGAGGCGUGGUUGAGGGCGCACACCGGCCAAAGGCGCGAGGCGACCAAGGCCAAGCAGCAGACUAAUUACAUAGUAGUCGAGAUCAGGGAGGCGAUAGCAGACCCAAACCCUCUGCAGUCCCUUGAUAUGUGGUGGCCUAAGGACCCGCAUGAUAGCAGAUGUGAAGAGGAUGCCGAAUGCUGUCGGCUACAAUGUUUUCUUCCUUCCUUUCUUGGGCAUCAAGAAUUUUGGCACACAGCGUGCGAGAAAGUGCAGGCAGUGGAGCCCAAUGUUAGCAGCUUGGAGUGCGAGAAACUGCAGGCAGUGGCGCCUCAAGUUGGGGACGGUCAUCAUCAACUACUUCCCCAAAGUCAGCGCAUGCGAGAAGAGCCAGGUGUGGCAACAUGUGCAGAGCCCGCUCACCGAAAGUGCGAGGAGGGCCAGGCACUGGAGCCCAAAGUCAUUAGCUUGGAUUGCGAGAAACUGCAGGCAGUGGAGCCCUCAGCCGGGAACGUGCAUCAUCAACUACAGUCACAGAGUCAGAGCGUGCGAGAAGGGAUCGCUAUGGCAUCUGGUGUGGUAUCAGGUGCAGAACCCGCUCACCGAGAAUGCGAGAAGGUGCAGGCAGUGGAGCCUAAUGUCGUCAGAUUGGAUUGCGAGAAGCUGCAGGCAGUGGCGCCCAAAGUUGGAUACAGUCAUCAUCAACUACAGCCCCAAAGUCAGCGCGUGCGAGAAGAGUCAGCUGUGGCAUCAGAUGCAGAGCCCGCCCACCGAGCAUGCGAGAAGGUGCAGGCAGUGGUGCCCAACGUCAUUAGUUCGGAUUGCGAGAAGCUGCAGGCAGUGGUUAAGAAAGCCGUGCAGGGUGAUCUCGAUACGGCAUUGUUCGAACAGUUGUACGAAGCACCGUCAAGCGACGAGGAGCUGGAGGCGCGAGACACACUGGAUGUGGCAUCAGGUGCAGAACCCGCUCACCGAGCGUGCGAGGAGGGCCAGGCAGUGGAGCCCAAAGUCAUUAGCUUGGAUUGCGAGAAGCUGCAGGCAGUGGCGCCUAGAGAUGGGAGCAUGUAUCAUCAACUGCAGUCACAGAGCCAGCGCGUGCGAGACGAGCUAGCUGUGGCAUCAGGUGCAGAGCCCGACCACCGCGCGUGCGAUAAGGUGCAGGCAGUGGAGCCCAACGAUAUUAGUUUGGAUCACCAGAAGCUGCAGACAGGGGCGCCUAAAUAUGAGUACAGCCAUCAUCAACUACAGCCCAUAAGUCAGCGCGUGCGAGAAGAGCCAGCUACGGCAUUAGGUGCAGAGCCCGCUCACCAAGCGUGCGAGAAGGUGCAGGCAGUGGAGCCAAACGUUAAUAGUUUGGAUUGCGAGAAGGUGCACGCAGGGGCGCCUAAAGUUGGGAAUGCGCAUCAUCAACUACACCCCCAAAGUCAGCGCGUGCGAGAAGAGCCAUUUGUGGGGCACUGUCGGCUCCGUCUCCGCCGCCCUACGCCCUGGCCCUCCAGAGAGCCGUCUCUUGCCAGUUCUGAGGGGGCCACGGAGCAGCUGGCCAACGAUGGCCAGGCCGACGUCCCGCAUCCGACUGAACAGCUACAGCUCCCCCUCGGUUGGGAGUCGGCGGUGGAUGCGAGCUCGGGCAACACAUAUUACUUCAAUCGGGUUGCGGAAGUGACCCAGUGGGAACAUCCUGGGGAGGCGGCGCGGCUCGCAGACGUCCUGGCUCAGCUCGAGGCCCUUGAGUAUCAACUGCACCGCUGAAGAGAUUCCCCCUUCUACGGAUUACGAUUCUUCCUUCUCUUGUGCAUCAAGAAUUGUGGUACACGUGUGUGAGAUAAGCGUAGCAAGCGUGUGCGAGAAGGCAGCGUGUGAGCCAGAGAGGCGUCAACAGCGCCGCCCUGCUGGGCCCGUGUGCGCGCGCCGCCGCGGUGCGCGGUCCGCCCCGAGGCGGGGCUCUGGCGAGGUCGCGGUCUUGGCCGCGGACAUAGUGGGCGCCAGGCGGCGGGGCCGCACAUGGAGGCGCUGGGCGAGCAGAGGACGUUGCAUGUUGUGGACUCCGCGGGGGCUCGCCCCCCCUGGGAUGGGAGAGAGAGAGA